ACCAUAUUUAUAUAAAGGAAUGACAGAAGAAGAAAUUGCUGAGUAUCGAAAGUAUCAAGUAGAGCAAAUUGAGGAGAAGAAAAGGCUUAAAGACGAAGAAAAAGAUCUAGAAAAACGGUUUUACGAUUACUUUGAUGAAAUGCACAGAAAAGUGAAAGAAAUUGAUGAUGAACUUGAAGAGAAUCGAAAGAAAUUUGCCAAAACUCUGGAAGAACAAAACUUGAAACUUGCCAAAGAACAGAAGGAUAAUAAUGAUCUUUUUAAUAGAUAUGGUUUAACUAAUGUUCCAAACGAAUUAUAUUUUAAUCAAUUCAAUCAAUCAACUAGAUAAUUUUUUUACUUAUUCGUAAUGAAAUAUGUAAGUGUCUAUUUCCAAAAACAAUUAACUUCUU